CCUUACUGCAUCCUGUAGUCAAUGUGCUUUUCAAUGACAUUUAGUUAAUUUUUCGGCUUUCGUAAGAGCAGGAACAUCACCAAAAUGCUGGUGAAAUACUCUGUGAUGGGUUUAUUUAGUUCUGUCCGCAUCGUUGGAACCGAAUUCAGCAAGUUAGGCACGCCGCAGCACCUGAGAUGUCUCCAUACAGGCUGUGCAAGUCUGGCCGCAGAUAAAGCUCUGCUUAUGAAGCUGAGGAAGAGCACUGGGUACACCUUCAUCAACUGCAAAGCCGCGCUGGAAAAGUUCAACAACGACAUCACACAGGCAGAGAGCUGGCUGAAUGAGCAGGCUCAGAGAGAAGGCUGGACCAAAGCCAACAAACUAGAAGGCCGUCGGGCAAAGGAAGGACUCAUCGGCCUCCUCCUGCAGGACAGGAGUGCAGUCAUGGUCGAGGUGAAUUGUGAGACAGAUUUUGUGGCAAAAAAUGAGAAGUUUCAGCAGCUAGUGAAGGACGUCGCUUUUGCCACCAUGGAACACCACCAUGCCAAAGCAAAAGACCAAGGAGGCUACAUGAAGAGCACGCUACAGACAGAGGACCUGGCAAAGCUCAGUGUGUCUGGGGGCUCCUCAUUGGCUGACCAGAUGGCCUUGUACAUUGGUCGGUUGGGGGAGAACAUGUCGGUGAGGCGGGCCGUGUGCCUGAGCGUGCCCGCUGAUUGGAGGAUGGGCUCGUACGUCCACGGCGGGGCGGCGGCGGCCCUGAUGGGCGUGGCCAUGGGCAAGUACGGCGCGCUGGUGGUGUUCCAGGGCGGAGCCUCGGACGGCGCCGACGCCCUCGGCAGGAAGUUGGCGCAGCACGUGGUGGGCGAGGCGCCCGUGGCGCUAGGCAACGUGGACGACCUGCCCACCGGCCAAUCGGAGACCAGGCUCCUCCCCCAGACGCUGCUCUGGGACUCCAGCCUCACCGUGGCCCAGUUUCUACGGCAACAGAACGCCAAGGUGAUGGACUUUGCACGCUUCCACUGUGGAGAGGGAAGCGAAUGAGGAGCAUGAGAGAGGACGGAUGGAGAGGAUGGUCUCUGGCUCACCUGUGUCUGAUAGAAGGAAGGACCUGCUCUCCUCACACAGCAGCUGAAUUAACACCUGAAUUCUGACUGAUUUCUCCCCCAAAGAUGAGCUGACCCUGGGGCUGACCUGGCCUGUGUUGUGUUUCCUUCACCAGCUCAGAGACUUUAGAGAGAGACUUUUCAUCAUGAGAUGGUUGAGAUCAUUUUGAGUAUUCGCUCUCUCAGUUGCUGUGGUCACAGCAUGUUUGUAUGAAACGCAGCUCAAGCCUGUUCUAGUGUCAGUGGCCUUUAGUUUUAACGCUCUGCAGAGACCGUCUGUGUGACCAAGUGGAGGCCUUAUGAGAUCAAACCCAACACUUUGUCAUCAGAGUCCAGGCCUUCUGACCGUUACUGACCAUAGACCCACUUGUUUGAUGCUCAGAUGAAAUAAAUGAUUUUAGUCAGUG